CCCAGCAACCGCAUCUGCCUCGUAUGUUGCAAUUUAGCUCUUUAAAUCAAAGAUUUCACCUGGCGUAUUUCCUCGCUGUUGUUUUGGAUUUUUUGUCCUAACUCUCAAGAACAAAGAUUGAACGAAAGAUUCAACCAUGAGCCACAGUCGUCAAAGCACUCAGGGUACAGAAGAAGGAAGCAUCUUUCGUAUUCCACCAUAUUACUAUCUUCAUGUGUUUGACCAGACAACCAAUGUCACCAAGGUUGAACUAGGACCCAAGACAUUCAUCCGACAGGACAAUGAAAAGGUAGUCUUUGGACCUGCAAAGAUGAUCACGAUUCCUCCACGUCAUUACUGUAUCAUCGAGAAUCCUGCACUUAAGGAUGAUGAAGAGAAACCAGUGUAUGAUGAAAAUGGUCAGAUCAAAUUGCUUCAUGCUGAUCAGGAAGUUCGACUGACUCAGGAUCCAUUUCCUUUGUAUCCUGGAGAAAUUGUGAAAGAAGAUGUGACUGCUCUGAAGAUUGUAAUGGCAAAUUCUGCAUUGAGGUUGAGAGCAGUUUUGGACAUUGAAGACAAGGAUGAGAAGCGUGUUGCUGGCGAUGAAUGGUUGUUUGAAGGACCUGGAACCUACAUUCCUCGUAAGGAGGUGAAAGUGGAAGAAAUUAUCCAAGCCACUGUCAUCCAACCUGGACAAGCUAUCAGACUGCGGGCACGGAAAGAAACCAGGGAUCGUGAUGGUACUUUGAGGGUCACUGGUGAAGAGUGGUUGGUGAAAAAGAUAGGUGCCUACUUACCCGGGGCCUAUGAGGAAGUUGUCGACACCGUGGGAGCUUAUGUCCUUAACGAUAAGAAAGCAUUGCAUAUGCGAGCUUUAAGAACAUUCACAGACGAGGCUGAAGAGACGCGUAGGAAUGGCGAGGAGUGGCUGAUCACAUCCAAGCACACUGAUGCACAUAUACCCAAUGUUUAUGAAGAGGUAAUGGGUAUUAUUGACAUCACAACGCUCACCAACCGUCAGUAUUGUGUCAUUCUUGAUCCCGUUGGCGAGGAUGGGAAACCGCAACUUGGACAGAAAAGACUUAUUAAGGGCGAGAAAUCCUUUUUCUUGCAUCCUGGAGAGAAACUAGAGAAUGGAAUCCAGGAUAUUUACAUCUUGGGUGAGGACGAGGGUCUCAUUUUGAAGGCAAAUGAAACAUUCAAAGACAACUACGAUGAAGAUGGCGAGAAAACCAGUAUCCGUCGCCCUGGGGAUCGAUGGAUGAUCAGGGGACCUUGCGAGUAUGUCCCUCCUGUUGAGGUCGAGGUGAUCGCUCAACGUAAGGCGAUUCCAUUGGACGAGAACGAGGGUAUAUACGUGCGGGACAUCAAAUCAGGCAAAGUGAGGGCGGUGUGCGGGCAAACCUACAUGCUGAAUCAGGACGAGGAAUUGUGGGAAAAAGUUUUACCCCCCGCUGUGGAGGAUCUCCUCAGUCAAGGUCGGGAUCCUCUUGCUGAUAGGGGAACUCGUGGGUCUUCUAGUGAGAGAGUCAAACGUGAUAAGACAAGAGUUGUUUCAUAUCGUGUGCCUCACAAUGCAUCAGUUCAGAUUUAUGAUUACAAAGAAAAACAAGCAAGAGUUGUAUUUGGUCCGGAACUUGUGAUGCUGGGUCCCGAUGAACAAUUCACGCAACUCAGUUUGUCAGGUGGCAAACCAAAGCGUCCCAAUGUCAUCAAAGCUUUGUGCCUUCUCCUUGGACCUGAUUUUUGCACAGAUAUCAUAACUGUAGAGACUGCUGACCACGCAAGACUUUCGUUGCAGUUAGCUUACAACUGGCAUUUUGAUGUGAAAGACAAGGGUGACGAAGAAUCAGCAAAAUUAUUUUCGGUUCCUGAUUUUGUUGGCGAUGCAUGCAAAGCAAUUGCUUCAAGAAUUCGUGGAGCUGUCGCUGGGGUCCAGUUUGAUGAUUUCCACAAGAAUUCAGCCAAGAUCAUUCGAACUUCAGUGUUUGGUCUGGAUGAGAAUCACAAGAUUCGUAACAGUUUCUCAUUUCCCGCCAACAACCUGAACAUCACGAGUGUCGAUAUCCAGUCUGUGGAGCCAGUUGACCAGAGAACACGAGACGCUCUCAUGAAGUCCGUUCAACUUGCCAUUGAAAUCACAACCAAUUCGCAAGAAGCUACAGCGAGGCACGAGGCGGAACGCAUCGAGCAAGAGGCUCGGGGAAGGCUGGAAAGACAGAAGAUUAACGACGAAGCAGAAGCGGAGAAAUCAAGACGAGAUCUUCUUGAGCUUCAGGCGCAGAGCGCUGCUGUUGAGUCCACGGGCCAAGCCAAGGCUGAGGCCCAGUCCCGCGCGGAGGCCGCAAGGAUUGCGGGCGAGGCUGAAGUCAGCCAGGCAAAAUUAAAAGCAGAGGCAUCAAGAAUUCAGGCGGAGUCGGAUUUGGAGCGGGCAACGAACGUGGUUGAGGCAGAAAUAAGAAAUAAUAAAGUUCGAGAUGAAAUGGAGAUAAGCAAAUCCAGGCAACUGUCGGCAAUUGAGAUUGAGAAGUUUGAAAAUAUGGUGAAAGCAAUCGGACCAGAUACAAUCAAAGCUAUUGCUAAUGCUGGGCCACAAAUGCAGGUGAAACUCCUCCAAUCUCUUGGCCUCAAAUCGACCUUAAUCACAGAUGGAUCAACACCCAUCAACCUCUUCAACACAGCUCACGGUCUUAUUGGUGGUCAGUUACCGUCAGUUCCUGGAGAUAACGACAGUACUCUGGAUUAAACAUGAACCCUGAUCGAUCAGGUAUUCAAACGCGUAUGUAUCAAAUCAUAUAUACUAAAUAGAAUUAGACCUUUUUUGUAAAUUAGAAAGCUGAAAUUUUCGAAUAAUAUCUAGGUAGUAUUUGAUAAAACAAUUAGGCAAUUUGUAUCCCAACGAAUGAUCCACUUUCACACCUUACAAACGUCUUAAAGAUUUAAUAUAAAAGAUUAAGUGAGUUGAGAAAUCACUACUCAAUAUUUAGUCAUAUGUGAGUGAUUUGUAUUGGAUUAAAAUUGAUGUCAUCGAGUAGGAUAUCAACGUCAACCACAUGAAUCACGUCAAUGACUCAAUGAAAAUACGUUAGUUAGCACGUCAUUUUUACCAGAAAUAUCGCUGUUAAAGUCUGUUCACACGAUCCAAUUUUGUUGGAUCCAAUUCACUUCUGAUGGAUGUUUUAAUAGUCUGUUGUCUUGUAAUGUAUAUCAGCAGCAAAUCCACUGAAGCCAAUGUACUACUGCUUCAUCAAUAACCGACUAUAUUUCAUACGUCAGAGGUGAAUUGGAUCCAACAAAAUUGGAUCGUGUGAACAGACGUUUAAUCUGGCCAUCUCAAGUAUUUGUCACGGAAUUAUUGUCCGUUCGUCUGCCCCUGUUUGCAAAAACAAUAUUGAGAAACGUUGAUAGUGAACUUUGCUUGUUUCCUGUUGACAAUUUAUUGACGUAACUGAGCUAAACAAGAACGCACCAAAAGUCGAACCAUUGCCAACAAAAAUGACCUUCAAAGUUCAACCAUGACGGUUGAUCAGUGAUAAGUGUUUCACUGGUAGCACCAGCUGCCAAUAUAUACACGAGUAUUAUGUCUGUAUUAACGAUAUUUAACGAUGUUUAACGGCAACAUAUUUGUGGUAUUAACCGUUUAAAUGGUAAAGAAAGUGAAACAGGGAGAUCGUUAGUUUUUAAGUCACGUUCAGUUUUCCACGCACGAGUCACGCGCCUCAAACAUCGACCUCCGUCACUAGAUACGAUCCUGGAUGCGAGAUUACUCACCAAUAGCCAGAAACUCUAACCAGAAACGCAGAAUUCUUCCCUUAAUGUUACAAAGUUAUUUCCACUCAGAUUUACCAUUGAUAAACGUCAGGACACGUCAAGUCUAGUACUUGUCCUCUUGACAAUAAACUUUUUUUGAUAUUUUUCCCUGGAAAGAUCUUAACUAAUUCGUAAUGAAAUGAAUUUUUGUAAUUGAGCAAUGCAGAAUGCUGAACCCAGCUACGAAAUUCCGAGCCAUACAAUUCAACACAACAAUAUUUUACUACGCAACUAGGCCAAG